UAAAAAAAAAGAUACUCUAUGACUGAGUAACUUAUAUUGGACGGAGCACUUGAACGACUGUUUUAUGAAUUCUAAUUAGAUUUUUUCUUCAAAUGUUACCUUGUUACUUAUUAUUGUAACAUGUCCAAUUCGGCUAUCACUGGUUUAUGUCGUUGCUGCCAUGCCGAAGGAGAUUUCAAGAGUCUCGACGUUUCCUAUAAUUUUAAUGGGAUUGAUGAAGUGUAUUCUGUUAUGCUUCGCGAUACUUUUAAUGUAAAUAUUACUUCUGAAAAAGGGUUGUGUUUUUACCACAUUUGUGAAGUGUGUGAACUACGACUCAGAGAUGCUUCAUUUUUUAAGCAACAAGUGGUGGCAUGUGAACAAAAGUUUAUGCAACAUUGUAAUGAAAAUGGUUUCAAAAGUAUGUUGAUGUGAUGAUUUUAAUAUUUUUGAUAGAUGCAGUUUUUGUUCAUAUCAGUAAGAUUUUUGUUAUGACAAUUUUAUUUCAGAUCUUAAGUCACUUACCGAAAUCAAGGCUGAAAAAGAAAGUAGUUGUUAUGGUAAGUAGCAGAAUUGAAAAAAAAAACAAAGUAGAUUUAUACCUUUAAUUAUUUUUCAUAGAAAUUUAUGGGUUCUUUUGAAACAAAAUAGAGUUUAAAUAGAGUAUAUUAUCUUAGUAAAUUACUAUAGAUAAAAAUCUCCUUCUUUUGGGACUUUAAACUUGUAGAAUGGCAUUCAAGUCAUAUUUUGUAGAUAUAAAUUAUAAAAAGCUGUCAUUCCUCAAUACUACAUACCCAUUUACACUUUUCAAAAAUAACGACAAUAUUGGUAAUGAAUAGUUCAAUCAUAAAUUAUUCAUAAGGUCUAAUAUAUGUAUAUAUCACAUGUUUUAUUUUUAAUUUUUCAUUUGAUAUAAAAACAAAUUCAAUUUAAAAAUAUUGUGAGUUGCAAAUGAAAAUGGAGAAGUAGGAGACAAGGGUAAGUUUAUAGUAUUGACAGUGAGAGUUUUUAAAUAAAUAAUUAAUUGACAGAGUGUAAAUUUAUGGAUCAGUGCAAAAUUCAAAGUCUAGUCCUAAAUUGCCUAAAAGUCCUAAAUCUUCAAAAAAUUGAUUUACUUACUUAGUUAAUAAGGAUUAAUACAACAUAAAUUAACUAUGUUGAUACCACCGAUAUGUUAUGUCAUACGGCGGGCUUUUCCGCAAGUCGACACCUUGUGCCUAUUUUGCGUGAAUAAUGCGGUUGCAUCAGUUUUGCCACUCCAGCUCCUCCAGGAAUGUUCUUAAACUUUGCCACAUGCCUCCUAUAAUGUCCGUAAUCUACCUAGAUGUGUAGUCCUGUCUUGAAACGCCCCUGUAUUCCAGCAGUACAUAAGCGCUUGUCUCUUCAGCAUCCAGGCAUGCUCUGCUCAGACAACUAUCAGAAAUACCCUUGUUAUAUAGGUGCUUGUUAAAAUAGCCAUGUCCAGUUAGUAUACCUACUAUUAGUCUUAGCGUUCGUGUAGGUAGUUUAUUUAACUUGCGUACUAAUUGUAGGUCUACCUUGGGGAUUGCUUCUUUAGCUU